CCAAGGCACAAGCAACCAGUCUUGGGCCAAAAUGGCUAGCUUUGCGUCGCAGUCCGGACAUGGCUUCUUCGAUAAGGUCGCAAGCCGCGUGGAGGAGGUGGACUCCCUGCUUAUGGUCGGUCUGGAUCCCCAUGCCGAGGAGCUAGGCGAGGGCAACAACAACGCCGCGGGGGCGAAGGCUUUCUGCCUCAGGAUCAUCGCCGCCACCUCGACGGUUGCCGUGGGCUAUAAGCCAAACGCUGCCUUUUUCGAAGCCUUUGGGGUGAGUGAGCGAUAGGAAGCAGAAAUCUAGCCAGGGCUUUAUCGACACCAAGCACUUGUUUUGUUUGUUUGUGCGAAAAGGGGGCGCGUGUACGUGGUGCCGUGUGCCGUGUGCGCGGCGGUAUUUCAUGUUUUUCGUGCUCCGUCCGUACUUCGACGUGGGGUUACACCUCGCCUCCAGGGGGGCGAGAGCAUACGUGCACAGCCGGCUCGCCUCUCCUUGUCUCUCUCGCUUUUGCUCUCUCUCUCUCUCUCUCUCUCUCUCUCUCUCUCUCUCUAGUAGGUCAUGGAAGACGAAGGUUGCUGCACAAUUUAAGUGAUGCCAACUUGCGGGUGUGCAGACCACAUAACAUGUCGAGCGUGACGAACAUGAGCAAGUACAUCUGGUACAGUAUUUUAGUAGCAUCCGGCGACGUGCAUCCUCAUCUACAGCGUAUGUGGUGCUUGGGAUGGCUUGCAUGCAUGCAAAUACUGUACUGCUGUAUGCAUAGUAUAUAUGUCGACAUCUACAUACGACGUAUAAAUGUCUUCAAAUGAACAUACACGCCGUGGGCGGACUGGCAACAGCAGUAAGGUAGUCCCUAGUCUACGCCAUAGAUACAGCAGUACAGUGGGGGCUACGGUUUAAGAGAGCUCAGGUUCAGAGAAUUGCCGAUUUAAAGGUCAAAAUUGCUAGACACGCCCCUCUCUUGAACCGAACCCCGAAUCUCUUAAACCUCUCGUAAACCUCUCGUAAACCGAACCUGCCCCCCCACCCCCAAUCCCCUAUAGCCCACCAGCUGCCCCCCACUGCAGCAGCUCAAGCAGCUGUACAGCAGUAGGCCAUCAUUGCUAGCGAGACACACAGCUCCCACGGAUGCCUUGCGCCGCGGGUUCCCGCUGCCUGGCAACGCCGGACCACAUACCCAGCCCCCCACUGUUUACGAACCACCUAUGCCGUGUCUGCGGAGGCUACCUUCAUGGACUGUGCGGUGUGCAUGACCCGCCUGGCGACAACGAGAUGCACCGUGUUUGCCACGGAUGUGUCAACUCGAGCAACCGCAAGGAAUCAAGCACAGACUCGACUGCUGGGGCUGCAUCUUCGAAGCGCCCCUGCCCGGACGGGCGGGCAACGGGGAAGGAGAAGCGAGCGGGUGCACUGGGCAGCUUGAAACCCGUUGGCAACACCGCACGUAGGAAAGUUCGUGGCGCCGACAACCGCAAACGACCGACGCUCGAAGACAAGGUUCGGGCGCUCGACCUUUUGAAGAGCAUGAGCGGCGUAGCAAUCGCGAAGGAUAUGUGGAUCGGGUGAGCACCUUGUACGGGUGGAGAGCUAAGGAAGCAGAC